GGUAGCAAUACGCAAUACAGAGUCUAGUCUGCCGGAAACGCACAAGGAGAAGAAGGAGAGCGGGACGAAAGAAGCGGUUGCUAUGGCCGACAUGUUUCCAUGUCAACAAUAAAUGGACCAAGCUUCUCCUGAUAAACUAGCCAGAGAAGGAGAGGGGAAUGGCAGAGACAACAGAGAGCAAGAAGGAGGAGGCUGAUUACAAGAGGCUCCACAGCUUCCCACUCAUCAGGCACACAGACAUGCCAGAGGAGAUGAGAGUGGAAACGAUGGAACUGUGUGUCACAGCCUGUGAGAAGUUUGCCACCAACAAUGAGAAUGCGGCGAAGAUGAUCAAGGAGUCGAUGGAUAAAAAGUUUGGCAGCUCGUGGCACGUGGUGAUCGGGGAGGGCUUUGGCUUCGAGGUGACACACGAGGUCAAGAACCUGCUCUACAUGUUCUUUGGAGGCAGCCUGGCCGUGUGUGUGUGGAAGUGCGCUUAGCACACACACAGGCGCUCACACAAAACACACACAGGCUACACACACACACCCCUCCCAUCCAGUCUGUCUCUACCUAACGAGUGUGUUUAUAUAUUUAUAUACACAUCCUGGAUGAUUCACCCAUCUCUGAGCUAUGCAGUCUUUUUCUUUGUCAUUUACUGAUCGUGUAUGUGUGGUGGGAAUGGAGGGGGUGUGUGUGUACACGUGUUUGCGAGCGUGUGUGAUGUCCCUUACGUCAUUGAUUGAUUAGGCUAAGUCACUCUUGAUAUAUUGUAUUCAAUAUCAGCAUGUCACACUCUUGACUUGUGUGUGCACAUACAGUAUGAAAAUGACCAAGUCUUAUCUGUAUACAGAUGUGAUAGUUUCUACAGAACAGUGAGUUCACUGCAUGAAGGAGUCUGGUGUCUCUCCUACUAUCCUACUGAUGGAAUUCAGUGGGGCUGAAACACUUGCACUCUCUUUCCCUAUUACUUUCUGCUCUACUUCUUUAACUCGAGGCGGCAUGCGUGUUCUCAUCAUCUCCUCAUGCUCACCUUUGGAGAAGAAAAAAAAAUGCAUCCAGCUCCAUGUCUUUCCUCCACACCGCCUGUACGUUGGCACACUGUCGUCUCGGUGGGCUGCCAUGCCAUCUGCUGAAAAACAUCCUUACACAAGCACACACCCUCUCUCAGUCGUUCUUAUUGCUCUCAAUUCACACACUCUGUUUCUCUAAUCCUCUCUCUAGAUUCUUGUUGCUCUCAAUUCACACCAUCUCUGUUCUCCAAUCCUCUCUCUAGAUUCUUGUUGCUCUCAAUUCACACAAUCUCUGUUCUCCAAUCCUCUCUAGAUAUAUAUAUAUUUUUUAUCUCUGUCUUUAGUAGUAUAGCUUUAGUCUUCACCUUUCAGACAUGAGUCCCAUAAGCCACCCUUGUCUGUGUCUCUACUCCUCCUAUAACUGAUAAGAUAGCACAGGGACUUUUAUAUCCUCUCAAUGUACAGUAAAUACUUGAAUUUGAAUGUGAAGAUGGAAUCUGAUUUUGUAUAGGAUCGUCAUGGGCUUUUUAUGAAAGAACUUAUUGUUGAAAUUGUUAUUUUCUGUCACACCACUGUUAUAAGAAUGUCAUGGAUAGGUGUCGUUGUUCUGAAUUUGUAUCACAACUGAUGAUAUUACAUGAGCUAUUCUGCCUCUCUAUGCCUAGGCAUUGCAUUUCAAUGAAUAUCAACCUAGGCAUGCAGUCUCAUUGCCACAUAGAAACCUUUAUGUUGCCAACUGUGGAUGUCACCAGGUACCAUAACACUGAUGCGUUGUAUUGUUGUUUUCACUUCAACACUGUGUGUUUGCAUAAAUUCAUUGAACAUGAAAUUAUUCCUGAAAGUGAUUAAAAAAAUAGAGUUUUUUCAAA